UUUGAUUGCCUUCACAUUCUCUCUACUGAAAUUCUUUUACUCUUAUAGCCUGAUCUCAAUUAUCUUCUCCUUCUUGACCUCCUCUUGUCACAACAUACAUGGUGGUGGUUGUUCAUGCAAGAAGAAGGGGGAACAGAGGAGAGAAGCAAAGGAAAGGGAGAAGAGAAGAAAGCAGAGGAAAGACGUGUAUAUUGUGGUUUGGUGGGAGAAUAGCAACGACGGAAUGGAUGGAGAUGGAAGAAGAUAGGGAGUUUAGGGAUUGUGCGGGUGGGGAGAGAUGGCCCGUGAAUGAUGUGCAUUUUGUUAUAUUUUUUAAUAAGUUCAAUUUUUUCAAACGACCUCAUUUUGCGAGGAAAAUGGGUGCCAUUUUUGUUUCAAAACGACAUCGUUUUUGUGAGAAAACUAACCAAUCCAAAUUUUUAGUUAAAACUAGACAUAACCGUAUUGCAUCCAAUCCAGUUUAGUUAAAACCGGGUAACAAUCCAAUCCUAUUUUCGGUCAUAGGGUUGUCCAAUAUGGUUUGAAAAAAUUGGAUCAAUUUGGUCCGGUUUAAAUCAAACUGGACUGUUUCCCAGCCCUAAUAUCAAUGCGUGUCACAAAAGUCAAUUCGCACGAGCACAGAAAAGAAGGCCAGCCCGCAAAUUCGCUUUUCCUUUUCCCUUUCUCGAUACGCUGCUCCCUUUCUUAACACCACAAAGGUCGGUUUCCAUUCUCGUAUUGCUCACCACAAAAAAAUGCUAAGAAGUGAAGCGAAGAUCUCUACUGGUUGUUGCCACGAUGGCUAAUAUGUAGGAGACACAUUUUUUUAAUUAGAUUCUUAAAAUGCUAUUAUGAUUUUGUUUAGUUAGGAAUUAUUGAAUUUGUUCUUUAUGUAGUGAUUUUAGACGAUUUGAACUAAUUGUUCGGUGGAAAUCGGAAAAAGGAGAGAACAAUUUGGGUGUCAUUUUAGUUGGUGGUAGAAGUUUUCAGUUGAUAGUUCCAUGGAGGGUGACAUAUGAUCAAUUUUGUGAGAAUCAAGUUCCGAGGAUAUGACAUAAUGACGAAACAAUACAAGAUAGUGAUAUGAUCAUAGGUUUCACUUACAAACUUUCAGAAUGGCAGAUUUCAUUAUGCAUUCAUAUUGUGGACGAUGAUAGCUUGAAUGUGCUCUUCAAUUUUAUUGUACAAAACCCUUAUUGUUUGGGUGCUGAGAUUAGUCAAGGUGAAGAUGAGACAUGGAGUGUGUCAUUUGAUCAUGACUAUGAUGACGCGGAGGAGGAAGAGGAAGAGCCUAAUGAUCCUCCAGAUUAUUACUUGUAUGGUAAUGAAGAGGACGAUGAAUUAUCAUAUGCUGAUUCAUAUAGCGUAAUCCCAAUACCUAUUGUUGCUGGUUUCGAAGGAGAAUUCUACAAGGGGCAUAUAUUUCACUCCAAACAAGUUGUACAGGUGGCCAUUAAAUAUCACACGCUUUCAAGGAUGAAAAUUGUGCUCGGAUGGUGCGAUAUGGAUGUCGAGAUGUUGGAAGCGAAUGGACAGUGAGAAAGGCGGAGUUGAUGCAUUCUUGCAGCAGUACGGCUCAACCGACGAAUCAUCGUCAUCUUGAUGUCUGCGUUAUAUUUGAGUCCGUGAAGCAUUUGAUACGUGCCCAACCAAAUCUGAGUGUUCUAAUUGUGCAGUCCUAGUUGAAAGAUAAGUUUCAUAUAUAUGGAAGUUACAUACAAGAAGGCUUGGUAUGGGAAACAAAGAGCAUUAGAGAAGUUGCAUGGAAAUUGGUAAGAAUCCUACAAUUAUUUACAAACAUUCUUGCUGGUUGUAAAGAGAAAAUGUCAACAUUAGUGAUUGAUUGGGUAAGAAUUCCUUCAUCACAACCAGGUCAUCUGAUCUUUGAGGGAGUAUUUUGGGCAUUUGGAGCAUUUAUAGAUGGAUUCAAGAAUUGUCCAAGAGUCAUGGUUGUUAAUGUAACAUUUCUUACUGGAAAGUAUAAAGGAGGGCUACUCAUGGCAGGCUCAUUUGAUGGUUGGAAGAAGAUUUUUCCAAUUGUAUUUGCCAUAGUGGAGAAUGACAAUACUGAUUGUUGGCCAUGGUUCAUAAGACACCUUCAAGGUUUGACUGAUCGAAAUGAUGUCUGCAUCAUCUUAGAUAGACAUGCGGGACUCUAUGAAGCCAUGAGUGACAUCGGAAGAGGUUGGGAGAGGAGGUGGUGCAUGCGACACUAUGCAAGCAACUUGCAAAGUAAGCCUAAAAGCAAGAUUAUGUAUAAUCAACUAUUUUGAGUCAGUAAGCUUUCAUUAUUAUGGUUAUUUCUUGUUAUGUAUUAUUAAUUUUCAUUUAAUUUGUUCAUGAAUAUAUCUAACUCGUGUGUCUAUUUAUUGUGUUAGCCGAAGAAAAAUGCUUGGAGAAGUUCGAUCGUCAAGUUGAGCCAUUUAAGAAGAUGGUCACUAAUAGACAUGUUUCAUGCGAUAACUGGGUGGACCAAAAUAAAAUCCGUUGGAGCUUAGCAUGUGAUAACCAUAAUAUCAUGUUUCACUUCCUGUAGCUUCUCUUGUGCAACAUACUUAUUGGCGAUUAUUGGAGAAAUUUGAUAAGAUGAGGUUGGAGAUAUAAGUACAAAUCAGAAAUGCUCAUUCACAGUACACCAAGACAUGCGAAGAUCUUAUGAAAAAGGUUGAUCGACAUUAGAGCAUCCAUGAAGAAGGUUGAUCGACGUUAGAGCAUCUAUGUAGUGCAGACUCCUCCCAAUAAUGUCAACAUGACUGGUUCAAACACACUCACAGUGUACUUCGACAACAAUAAUCGGACGGGGUUUUGCACUUGUGGGAAAUACUAAGGAAAUAAAAUUUUUUGCUCUCAUGUCAUUGCAGCUUGCAACCGAAUGGGGGCUAACCCGUACAGGUUUGUAAACAACAUCUACAACCUUGAAAGAGUAUUAGCUUGUUAUGGGACAAGUUUCACACCUCUUGGUGAACCUAAGGGUUGGAAGAAACACAAUGACCCUACACUUCAUCCUAAUGUGCACAUGAUUAGAAAGUCGGAGAGGCCACGAUCAACAAGAAUUUACAAUAAGAUGGAUUGGCCAAGAGAGGAUGUAGAUCAACAAGUGUAUAGAAACUUCAACCAAUCUGAACAUAAAAACCCUAGUAAUAAAUACUAGAUAUGCCCGCUCGCUGCGCUUCGCGUAGAGCGAGUAAUGGAAAAGGUUACAUGUGAUUGUAAGAGAGAAUAAACUAACUCGUAAAUAACACAAACCCAAAAAAAUACAGGUCUAGCUCUCAUUUCAUGAAUAGAAGCAUCUAAGCAGCUAAAUAAGAAUCGAGAGAACACAUUUUGCAAUAAAGUGAAGCAAACAAUACAAAAUGGACUCUUUGGCCAAUGAAUAGUUACCGAUUGG